AUGCCGGACAUUACUGAAUCACAGCAGUUGUGGAUCCACUUGUACGCCGUUCUCGUGGCAAACAGUAUCCUGAUAUACGACCAUAUCGCGACCCUCCCAGAAGAAAUCGCUUUUAUUUGGCGUCGUCCGAAGGCGCUGUCUUCGAAGUUGUUUCUCGUCAAUCGCUAUAUCGCUCUGCUCGGCAAUAUAUUUGCCUUAUGCAUCGAUUUCCUGCCCAUGUCAGAUGAGGCGGGAACCUUUGGACAUUUCUCAAGCAAUGCGACCAUUUAUCCAGGAGUUGGCUGCUAUGAAACAUAUACAGCAGCAAUAGCCGCCCGUGUCGGACUGGCAUGGUGUACAGAAUUUGCAAAACUAGAGGCUUGUUGCGGUUGUCUCUGUUUACCAGGAGCAACGUCAGUCAAUAUUGUAUUUCACGACGGCGCAAUGUAUUUCGGAGCGAUGACACUGAUCAAUAUACCGAACAUCCUGACAUACUACUCUGGUUCAGUUAACACCAGAGGCAGUCUUGCUACAUUUACCAGCUCCAUGUCCGCUACUCUCAUCUCUCGACUAGUGCUUAACCUGCACGAAUCCAUGGACACCGGUAUUUUAUCCACCACCGUUCGGGAUAGCAACGAUUUCCUUACCACCCGGGUCAACGUUCAGUCCGCUAUUUCCUCUCACCAUUGGUAG